CUUAUCCCACACACCCAAAACCCUACUGCUAUUUUCCCCUUUUCUUCUCUCUCCGGUUUCAAGAAAGUUCUCAGUGAAAUCUCACCUUUUUGUUUUCGAGAUCCGAUCGGAGGCGAUGGCGGAGCACGGUGAGGACGCCAAGGCGGAGCACGGUCUGAUGGAGAAGAUGACCGAGAAGAUCCACGAUCAUCAUGACUCGUCGAGUUCGUCGUCUUCGGAUUCCGACACCGAGAAGCCGAAGCCGGCGGCGGAGGAGUCGCCGAAGGAGAAGGUGUUCCGUCUCUUCGGAAGGGAGCGCCCUGUUCAUCAUGUCUUGGGCGGUGGAAAGCCUGCUGAUGUGUUCUUGUGGAGGAACAAGAAGAUUUCUGCUGGGGUUCUUGGAGGAGCCACUGUCGUUUAUGUUCUUUUUGAGUUGGUUGAAUACCAUUUGCUCACACUUAUCUGCCACAUUCUGAUUGGUGCCCUAGCAGUGAUGUUCCUGUGGUCCAAUGCCCAUACUAUUUUCCACAAGACUGCACCACACAUCCCAGAGGUUUCUCUUCCUGAGGAGCCGUUCCUGCAGGUUGCUUCUGAGCUGAGGCUUCAAAUCAACUGGGCUUUUGCACUCCUUCAUAAUAUUGCAUCUGGAAGAGAGUUGAAGAAAUUCCUGAUUGUUAUUGCUGGCUUGUGGGUUCUUUCUAUUGUUGGGAGUUGGUGCAAUUUCUUGACCUUGUUUUACAUAACUUUUGUUCUCCUGCACACCGUGCCUGUUCUGUAUGAGAAGUAUGAACACAAGGUUGACCCACUAGCAGAGAAGGCGACAAUUGAGAUGAAAAAGCAGUAUGGAGUUUUUGAUGCCAAGGUUGUGACAAAGGUUCGUGAAACUGUGCUGAAAAACAAGAGGUCGUAGAAAGUGGCGUUCUGCUGUGCCCUAAAUGCCUUAGGUCUAGUAGUUGAGCUUCCCUUCAUGUUCAAGUGUUUGGCUUUGUUGGUUGACUAUAUAUGUGGUUUUAGUUUUGUGAACUAGGCUUUAUAUACAUUAUCGUGGGAAGCUUUUCAAACAAUCACCUUAGCUUAUACGUUUAUUCUGACAACUUUAUGUUAUUCAACCGUGCUUUGUACAUGGGUUGUCUUAAUACUCCAACUAUGGUGUAUGUCAUUUCAUGCUUGUUCUAUGAUUGUGAGCAUGAUGUUUUGUUGCUUCAUUUAUGAAAUUUCUACAUUUGGUCUC